AUGAUACCAUGGACCAGUGAACUAUGGUUAGUUUCACUAAUUGGAUUUCAUUUUCUCACAUCCAUAUGUGUAAUUGCUUUCCGCAAGUGUACAAAUUUGUUGCUGUGUAUUUUGCUUAUUUCCCUUGGUACUGUUUGGUUUUCACACCGGAUUAAUGAAUUCGCUGCUAAUAACUGGAACUUGUUCGCUACUGAGCAAUAUUUUGAUAGUUAUGGAUAUUUCAUAUCUUGUAUUUGGAACAUUCCUGUUAUUUUAAACAGUCUACUAAUUGUUGUACUCCUUGUUUUACAGAUCAACAGUUUAAUAAUUCAAUCUAAACGAUUGCAAAUUGCUACUAAAAAGCGAUUAAAAACAGAUUAA